AUGAGUGCUAAGACACAGAGGCAUCCAUUCACCUACCACAUGCUGGGAAUCGACAUGAGUCGUGCUUUUGACACUAUCAACAGGCAGCGGCUAUUGGAAGUGAUGGAUGGAGUAGUUGGCCCAGACGAACGCAAACUCUUGCGACUGCUCCUGGAGAGAACAACCCUCGUGGUCCGCGUUGGACAGGCGACCUCAGAGUCGUUCAGUAACACAGUUGGAACACCACAGGGCGAUGGCCUAAGCCCAGUCCUGUUCACCUGUUAUCUCGAGGCGGCCCUGAGGGAUGUCCUGUCCCAUCUGCCACCCCGUCCAGAAAGCGAUAGACUACUACCCCAUGAGAGCAGGUAUGCUGACGAUGUCAACUACUACAGCACAAGUCUAGACUGGUUACGAGCUGCACUGCCGAUCAUUGCGAAGGUCCUUGAAUCCUGGUCGCUGUACGUAAACACCCAGAAGACGGAAUGGGUCACAGUAUCGUCAACAACAGAAAAUUGGAAAACAGUAAAGCAGCUGGGAUCACUCAUGGCAACUAACGAAGACAUCCAAAGGCGAAAGCAGUGGGCAACGAUUGCCUUCAAGAACAUGUACACUCUGUGGCUGCGGAGGGAGCAUGUCUCAGAAGCUCGCAGAGUUCGCCUCUACAACGCAUAUGUUCUGCCGACCCUAUUGUACAAUUGCUGUACGUGGGGAUCAACAAAGGCAGUCAGUGACAAGCUGGACGUGUUCCACAGGCAACAGCUUCGCUCGCUACUGGGCAUACAUUACCCCAAUCGUAUCACAAACAUCGAGUUAUACCGGAGAUGUCAGAGCCAGCCCAUCUCCGAGGAAGUCCACAGACGAAGAAUGACCAUGCUGGGACAUGUCCUACGCCUACCCGAAGACACACCACCGCAACAAGCCAUGGCACUCUACUUCAAUCCACCGAACACAGCCAAGCCAGGAAGACCUCUGACUACUUUAGUCACCCAGAUCCAGCAAGACUGCGUCCACAGACAAACGCCACUCAAGAGGAGCCCGCAUCUGCAGAGCCUCCGGCAGAAGGCAUCCGACAGGCAAGUGUGGAAGGCCUUCGUAAAAAACGCACAGUGA